AUGUCUCGUAUCCGGACUCACAAGUUUGAUCCCGACCCAUACCAGGUCUACCCGUACUCUUCACCCAACACUUCAUCAAGACAUCUAACGGGCGAAGGUCUACUCUUCACACCUCGCAUGGACGGGUCCCACGACGUUUUGCAGGGCAUCUUUGCGUGUAUGGCUGCAGUCCUUGCCAGGAGCUGA